CCAGUUUCACUGGCUGCCCUGUGUUCCCAACACUGGCAUCUUCAGUGUGGGCACCCAGCUGUGAUAGCUUGUGGCUAUCACAGCCUGGUGCUCACUGAGUAUGUGCGGGUAGCGCUGCGCUUUGUGAAUGGUCCCGUAGUCUUCUGGGACCUGUCACGUGUCCCAGAAGAUUAGGGGAAGGGAGGGGAGGACAACUUCCACUUCCGAUCGCCUAGGUGAUCGCAGCGUAAGUGCAAGCAGGUACCUGUCAAAUUCGGGUACCUGCUCCCCAAAGGUGCCAAUCCUUAAUGGGGAGCAGGGGACA